UCCGCGGAUAAACAUGCUGACAGACUGACGAUGUUUUUGGGAUAUAUAGAGUGAUUGUUGUUAAAUAAUCGCAAGUGGUUUCAUCUCCAUGUUUUAGUCGUUCAUUCGCGCUCUCGAUUUUGCUAACUCUCAGCUGCCAGCAGGCCUUUCCAGCAGCAGCAUGCAGUGUGUGAAGGUCGGACACUUGGCUUUAGUUGCGUCCAGAGCGCUCUGCUCCAACAGGGUUUGCUGCCCCGGUGUUGUUAAGGUGUCGGCCUGCUGUCGGGUCCACUUCCCCGUCAGCCAAACUCGCUUUUGUCAAACAGCGUCCACAGUUAUUCGUGUCCCUCAGCACAUGCAGAAGCGCGUGGAGAACGUGAAGCAGACACGAGGCAAAAACAAGAUCAACACCAUCAAAGCUGGAAGACUCUUGAUCCAGAGCAGGAACCCCGAGCUGAACCAGUCUGUGGGAUACAUCCUGGGGAAGUUCGAGGAGCCUGUUCUCUGCUCGAAAGGAUGGAAACACAACAGAUCACUCGGUGACCAUUUCACCGUGAACAACAUCAAGACUGUUGCACCUUUCCUUGUUGAGGAGCAUAAGGAGGAUGCUGAGGGGAAACCGCCUGUGACGUUUGAUAAUCUGCGCAUCUGCGAGGAGCUGGUGAAGACUUUGGACCGUAUCAACAUUACUAAACCCACUACUGUGCAACUGCAGACCAUCCCAAAGGUUAUGAGAGGUCACAACAUCCUUGUUGCAGCAGAGACUGGCAGUGGAAAAACACUGAGUUACCUCCUGCCUGUUGUUCACAAAUUACAGGCUGAAAGAGCGUCAGACAUAUCCGAAGAAAGUGCAAAGAUUCGCACUGUGGUUCUUGUGCCUUCCAGAGAGCUAGCUGAGCAAGUGGCAGCUGUUUCUAAGAUGGUGUGCGCUCCAUUUGGCCUGCAGACAAGCACUGUGGGUGGUGGACGAGGUGUAGGACGGAUCAAGAUGGUCUUCAAGAGAGGUUCCCCAGACAUUUUAGUGGCCACGCCAGGUGCUCUGGUCAAGGCCCUGCGGAGACGCUGCCUGGACAUGAGUGAGCUUAGAUUCUUGGUGGUAGACGAGGCUGACACCAUGUUUGACCCCAGCUUUUCUGACAUGUUAGAAAGCAUCCUGCUCCAGACCCACAUUGCAAGUGAUCCCAAAGAAACACAGGGCCCGGGCCAUAAAGCUCAGCUGCUGGUUGUGGGGGCCACCUUCCCCGGUGGUGUCGGGGAAGUCCUCAGCAAGGUGACAGACCUUGGCAAAAUGAUGGUUAUCAAGAGCAAAAUGCUACACUGCCUCAUGCCGCAUGUUAAACAGACAUUCCUGAAGGUGAAGGGUGCUGACAAGGUCCUGGAGCUCCACCAAGCCUUGAAACUGCUUCAGCAGGAAAAAGGAGGAGGCGCUGCUGUGGUGUUCUGCAACAAGUCGGCCACUGUCAACUGGUUGGGGUACUCACUGGAGGAGAUGGGGGUGCAGCACACACGUCUGCAAGGGGAGAUGCCCGGUGCUUUGCGUGCGGGAAUCUUCCGCUCCUUCCAGAAGGGCAUGACAGAUGUGUUGAUAUGCACAGACAUUGCCUCACGUGGCCUGGACACAUCUCGGGUGCGCUUGGUUGUCAACUAUGACUUCCCAGAAUCUCACACAGACUACAUCCACAGAGCAGGGCGGGUGGGAAGAGCAGGUGGGAUUGUGGAUGGGGAGGUGCUCAGCUUCGUCACUCAUGCCUGGGAUGUGGAGCUGGUGCAGAAAAUUGAGACUGCUGCACGUAGGAGAACUAGUUUGCCAGGAAUGGAAUCUCAAAUACAUGAGCCAAAACCCAAAAUAGUACAGCAAGAGGAGUAGAAGUGUUGUGUUUGUGUAUGGGGAAAGCAGCCUGUGGAGGUUGUUACUUUAUGGGUGAUGUUGGGUUGCCACACUCUGAAUGUAAAAAAACAGGUUUGAUUUUUUUUUCCUUCUUUUUUCCCCAGCAGAAAUGGUGACCAUGAUUUGCACUAAUAGCCCUAAACAGUGGACAGGUCACUACUCCAUUCAUUCUUCCCAAUACUGUCACUUACCAAAAUGACAAAAAGAGUUUUUUUGAAAGAUGAAGUAACCCAGUUGUGCUUGAUCCUGGUUUGGAUAGAGAUUCUACUAUGAUAGGUGUACAUCACCUUACACCUAACACAUUUGAAGCUGGAAUAAUAUGAUUGGGAGAUUAAUUGAAAUUAAAUGUUUUGUUUUUCACAUAAAGGGGUUGAAAUUGCUUAGCUUGAAGUGCUAAUAGGUUCAAAGGACUAAAAUACUGUAAAACAGUAUUGGGGAAAAUAUGGAAAACACUCUUUAUUUAAAUGUAAUGUACUGCUGCCAUCAUGAAAAAAGAAGAAUAUGUCAGUUGCCUUUUAUUGUCUGAUUAUAUUUAUUUUCCUUGUUUAAAGUAAUGAAUCUGCUCAUCAGUGCUGUAUUUGGACUAAAUAUAGUGUUAUUAUUAUUACUAAU